AUGUGUGGUACCAACUCAGCCACUGAAGUUUGUGGCAGACCGGUUGCCGACUACCUAGCAGCGUCCAAGGCCGGCACCAGACCCCAGGUCGUCUUCUGUGACGAGAUCCGUGGCACUAUUCUCAACGCCCUCCUGGACCGAGCUGAUAAGGCGCCCAAGCUCGUCUACAAGCCUAGCGAGAGACCUGGAUUUGAUAAGGAAAUCACCAAGCAGCCUGAACAUUACUGGCCGCUCCUGGCCCGAUGCCAUCUCAACCACGGAGUGUCCCGGGGCGACGCCUACAACUCCAUCAUUCAGCCGGCGUUCCGCAACCAUGUCAAAUGGAUUCUUCGCCAGGCCAUUGACCACCGGGCCUUCACUGCCACCCCCUGCGGAUGGGUUCGUACCAACGGAACGCCUUUCAAGUCGGAUGCCGAAGCUGGUGAGUGGCUGCACAAGCAGCAGAAGGCUGUCCAGGACGACCCCAACUGGAAGGCCCAACUGGCUCGCCCCAAGCCAGCUGGAAGCCUUGCAAAUUCUCGCUGGGCGUCCCACCAGACGCCCUCGAGCGGUGAGGAUGUGUCGAUGCCCUCUCUGGAGAAGCUGAGCCUCGACGAUCGUGUUGACACCCCCUCUGUGGUUGUACGUGGAACCAACCCCAUCCUGCGAAAGCCCUUGUUCAGCGCAGACAGAAGAAGCGCGUCCGAUUCGCGAAACCUGAAGUCUCUCAGCAACACCCUCGAAACACCAAAGCCGCCGACGUGGCAAACCAUCUACGAGUGGACCAGCGAUGUCUCGGCCGAAUCCGUUCUACCAAGCAGCAAGAAGAAAGAAUUACGAGACACUCUCGAAAAUCUCGGGCGAGAAAGACAGGCCCGACUCAGACAGAUCAAGCAGCUCUCGGAGCAGGAGGCCAAGGUAUGGAAGGCCCUCUAG